AGCAGAAUUUUAUGAAAUCAUCAUUCACAUGGCUCUAGAUUUGCGCAUAGCCAUAUGCUUCAUUUUGAUUGCGAGUUUCGUAAUUGGAAGUCAAGCUUCCAAUGCUAGAUAUUUCCCUCAAGAGAUAUCUACUUCCUCAAGCCAGGAUCAACCAGACGGUUAUCGUAGACAUUGGUGUUGUAAUUGGUGGAUAGGUUGGUGUUGUCACUUGUCACCCACCCGACUCCCAUAGUUGAUCGAUAGUAUGAAAAAUUAUUAGAAGGUUAUAAAUGUUACUCUACUCAUUAUGUUUUGCUGCUACUUCCAACAGGAAUAAUUAGUUUGAGUUGUGUUAUGUUGCUCAAAGGAAUGUAAUAAAAUUGAUUAAUAUUUUUGAAGAUAUUUUUGUUGGAUUCAAUUUUGAAAUUUGGAUAUUAUACCACUGUUCAAUCCUCGU